GUUGCCUCAUCCGGGACCUUUGUUACAGGUUGAUAAGGGACAUACACGCUUGCUACGGGAACUUAGCAAGCAGUCCCUAUAAAAGAAACAUCACAGACACAGCUCGCCAUGUCCGACUCCAAGGAUGAGAAGGGUGAGGAUGAGAAGGUAUACGGAGGCUGUGAGGGCCCCGAUGCCAUGUUUGUCAAACUUAUCUCAUCAGAUGGCCAUGAAUUUAUUGUCAAAAGAGAGCACGCACUCACAUCAGGAACCAUCAAGGCGAUGUUGAGUGGACCCGGACAGUUCGCCGAAAAUGAAACAAACGAAAUAAAUUUUAGGGAAAUACCAUCUCAUGUUCUGCAGAAAGUGUGCAUGUAUUUCACCUACAAAGUGCGGUACACCAACAGCUCAACGGAAAUUCCGGAGUUCCCUAUUGCCCCAGAGAUCGCUCUAGAAUUGCUAAUGGCUGCCAAUUUCCUUGACUGUUAAUGGGCAACUUGUUAGAUUUCAAUUAAUGUUUGGACUGGACUAAUAAAUUUUAGCUAAUUUUUUUAAUUAGGCAUAACCUAGUCACAACUUUGUGGAUAGGUUUGUCUCACUUUCUCCUGUUAAAAGUUGUUUUCAGUCUGAUAUCUGCAAAUGUUGUACGUAGUUUUGCUUUAUGUCAUGUACUACAUUGAAAAGAAAAUAUCUGUGAAGCAGCUCACUAACACUGACAAAUUCAGAUGCUUAAAAAGAGAAAGUAAAAGCUUUGUAGAGGUGUUGGAACAACUAACGGGUUAAUUGACAGAAUGCCUGUAGGUGGCGUUCUUGUUAGGUGGUUUCUAGAGCUGGUCCUGAUCUAAAUAUUAUGUAUAAAACCCUUUUUAAUUGUAAAUAGUCUGUGAUGACGUAGUGUGCGGAAAUAAGUCCGUACCAGCUAGAACAACUGGCAGUGGUUCCACUUAUCAAAAAAUAGCGUUAUAAAUUAGCAAGCAUAUUCUUGAAUGUUGUCUUGUCUAGCAACUUGAUAUUUAUUGAGCAGCUUUGCUUCGUUCAUCAUGCUGUCUAGCAAUAUCAAGUAAAAGACAGUUGGCCUGUGCAUAAAAUUCUUCACUCUGCCAUGCCUGUUUGGUUUUAUGAUUUAAACAACUCAAAAAGUUUGGUGCAGCUACGUGUAUGUGCUUCUUGAAAAUGACAAGACAAUUUAUGUUUCCAAAAAAAGUACUAACAUGUUUAAAACAAGUUUCCUCUUUGGAAAGAUUUGAAUUGGUGGCAAAAUGCGUUGUCUUGCAUGGAGCUUAUCCUGCACACAAUAAACAUCAAAUUAAGUGGGCCUGGCUUAACCUGUUGUGGUCAGUUAUCCAUUUUCAUUCUCCUAUCUAUAUCUCUUGGCAUAUGACAGAAAUGUUUUCUGAUUUCCUUUGAUAAAAUAAUAUUUUCAGUAAGUUUUUGUCUUGAACUUUCAAAGUUCUUUUGUGUUGUGUACCAAGUUAUAAAAAUGAUCUGAAGUCUGAAAUAGGUUGUGAUGAUUGAAGCAACAGGUUCAACAAAAAAUAAUCUGUUCAAUUUGUGGUUUGGUUUUUUUCCAUUCAAAGAUGUCAAUACCGUGAUUGGAAUUGCCACUAUGUCAUUCUGUUCUGUUUCUUUGUUUGUUGAUGUACGUGUGUCUAUUCGGGCAUGUUUGAGGCAAGUAUACAUUUGAAAAAGAACAAAUUUUAAAGUUCAUAACAUCUUAUGUACAGUGGAACUUCCAUGCUUUAUGGAUACCUCUCCAAAGGAAUCCUAAGUUCACUCUCAAAUGAGUAAAUUUCCAUUCAGUUUGACUUAGUAAAAUGUGGACACCUCUCAAUUUCAAGGCACCCUUUUUCCAUUUGAAGGGCGUCCACAAUAGAGAUCCCAUUGCAUUCCUUAUUAUAUUCAGUUCAGGGUGGUUUGCGACAAUAUGCAGUCAUUGGCUAGAGUUGGUUUUGUGUGUUAGUUCUUCGUGAUUUUUAUACCCUAAUUGAUCUGAUGGUGAUCAGUCGGAAGGGUUUCUCAAAUCCUGGUGUCACGGUUCAGGCAGUGUUGCCUUUGAAAACAAAUUUGAGAUCACUUGUGUAAUGAGAACAGUAACUGGUACAUGUAAGAGAAAUAUUGAAAUCCUUUUGAAUCCAGUGAAAGCUGAAGACAGGUAAUAUCGAUGUAUGUACAGAAACAGCAUUUACAUAGCUUUUCCAUCUGCGUGUUAUACCUGGGUGUUUGCCAAACAGUGUAAUGGUGUCUGUAAAACUAGAUCUGGCCCUAAAAAUGAACUGCAGUGAAGUUAUAUUUGAGUAAUCACCCAGUCAGUGGGUCUGUUCUUGAUAUCAAACUGAUUAAAGCAAUAUUAAAGUUAUUUCAUUUUGGUGGUCAAUCUCGCAAGGAAGUGUUGAGAAUUUGAUCUAGGCCAAAUCUUGGUGUACAGACAAUACUAUUGCAUGAUAACAUCAAUUUGAUGUAAAUAUAACUGGUGUGUUAAAUCUGUUCAAUGAUUAUAUGAUGUAUGUAUCCAAAAUAAAUCGAGGGUUCUGUGAUAAAGUGUCAUGCAAGGAAUAUUGAAUGCAUAGAUAACUGACUCUCAUAUUUUGGCUUCAAAUUGUAUAUGCCGUACUGAAACAUUUUAAAAAAAUGAGUUAAGAUUUACCAGUUGGCAAGGAAGGUGUUCGAGGACAUGUACCAAUUUUGAUUGCCCGUUUAUCACAGAAUCCUGCACCAUCAAUGUGAGAUCUACUAUGUGUGUUUCCAUUCUGUCAAUUUAGCCACCAUGGCAUUAUGGUGAACACUCUAGAAGUCAUAAUUGUUGAGCUUUUGAAAUAACUUUAAAGGAUUUUUGGUCAAACACAAAUAUGCACCCCAACAGCUUUUGGGAGGUGAUGGUUUUUCGAAAUUUGGAAAAAAACAACCAAGCUUUUUUUCAUAUAGCUGAAAACUGCCAUAGGGGGCAUAUUUGUGUUGACCGAAAAACAUUAAAGGAUUUUCAAAUGCUUAAAAAACAUUUAUUUCCAUAUUGUGUAUACACUAGGCUAUAGCACCUUAAGUGGCCUGUAUUUCUUUAAAUCACUACCUGAAAUCUGGCCACCCAAUUGGACAGUUCAUGUACAUGUAUGCAAAAUAUCUUUGUUCAUUGUCCACUUAGGUUUUCUUCUUUUAGUAAAUGCUAGUUUCAGGUGAAUUCGUAAACACAGCUAGAGGCACUUGUGCUCACCAACUUUGCAUUAUUUCAUUAAUAUUAAAAGAAGACACAAAUUUUCAAUUUGGGUUAUAUUUAUUUAUACUGUAAAAGAGCAAAGUUUGACAGUUCUUGGGGCUCUUGGGCGCUAAUCUUGUCUAAUCCCUGAUGAUCUGAGGAAUAAUAUAUGGAUUUAUUCACUUUAGCAGCCCUGUACCUGCUAUGAAGAUAACUUUAAUAAAAUCAUUUUGUACAUGUAA